AUGCAUUUUGCUGCACUCUUGGCAUGCAUCAUUCUGGCCAUUUUUGGUACUGCCUUCGGUCUAAGUCCAGCGCUUCAUCCGGAUGCUCACCGAACAGCGAACUCUCCUCUGCAGCAUCACAAGCCUCCAGCUUUGUUCAUCCGUCUGUCGAAAAGUGGCGUUCAGCGCAUACAGGACUUCGUCAUCGACCUGUUCGAAGAACACAUGCGACAUGCGAAGUUCACAGUCGCAGGGGACGACUCGUUGAUUUGGAGGACGUUAGAGAGCAUGGAUGUAGAAAUAUUUGACCUCAAGCCGGCCGACAGGUACAGGAUACGUUUCGAAGGAGGUUACACACCGGGGGUGUACAUGUCGGUCGAAAACCUCGGCCUGAUGAUCAAGGCAAAGCCGAAAAUACGCCGUGGUUUACUGUUGCACCUGCUCUACAUCCCUGACAUGGUGAUCUACGCCCAGAUGAAAGGCAUCCGCGUGUCUGCCCACUUUCUGAUCAACUUUGCGUCUAACGUCAUUGCCCAACUGAAGGUCGGCCACUGCGAGGCGGCCAUUGCGUCCCUGCACAUAUCCGUCGAUAACGCCGGACCUCUGAAGGCCUUACUGGACUCGAUGACAACCAUGUUCAACAACGCUGUGCGCAAAAAGGUAGCUGAUAAGAUCUGCACUAUUAUCGAAAGGUUAGCAAUCAAUCGGACGAACAAGUACCUCAGUCAAAUCCAGACCAAAAGGCUCAUUUUUCCUUUGCCGGACAAGGACGCGGCAAACAGGGUCCGUGUCGCGAGGCAACGAACCUCACCCAACGCGGUAGGUGUGCCGAGACAUGUACGGAGCUCCAGCCAGCUGGACUACGGACAAAUGGCUCGCAACGUGAUGCUGGACUUCAGCAUCGUCGAGCUGCCGGUGAUCAACGGUGACUACAUCGAAACACGGCACAGUGGUGAGGUUUCGUGGCAAGGAAGAGGCGGCACACCGGUGCCGCUCCGACCCAGCCGGAAAGCUGCAGUUCGGUCACCCAACGGUCAUUCAAUGAUCACGUGCUCGGCACACGUGUACGUGUUCAACACGUUGAUCUACACCCUGUGGACGAAGAACUACUUCAACUUCGUCUUCAACAGACACACCACACCAGGUAUGGCGAAGUUCCUCGAGAUCGACUGCGAGACGAACUUCGAAUGUAUGGGCACGCUGCUGCCGGUGCUUCAGGAGAGGUUCUCCGGCUACUACCUGCAGAUAACCUUUCGAGCCACGACCGCGCCAUUCGUGGAGUUUCACAACGGUCUAGGACGGAUGCACAUGGCCGGGCCGCUGUCGUUGGAGGUGCGCCGAGAGGGCCGACGCCACACCCUGUUCAGAGGCAAGUUGCACGUCGUGCUGGCUGUUCACCUGAUCGCCCGCAACGGACUGAUCGUCGGCAACAUGACUCUGUCGAAGUUCGACGUGCACACGCAGAACGACCACGAGAAGCUGAUGAACCUGAACGAGGCGAAGUUCGUCGCUUACAUCUGGAAGGCAGUGCUGGAGACGAAGGGCAACGAGUUACUGCACAGGGGCUUCCGGCUGCCGUCGUUGAACGGCAUCGCCAUCACGCACAGUUCACUGCGCCACGUCGACGAUGCGAUUCAAAUCGACCUCGAUUUUGCCAUCGACCAAUCCAGGAUCGCUGACCUCGCUACGGACGUGAUGAAACUCGUGAAAGGUGCCUGA